UUAACGAGACGAGCUCACAAAAUAUCCAGCCCCACACAUCAAAGGAGUAGUUGCACCACUUGCACCGGUGGCCGGAGACAGCCAGCCGCGCAUCGAGCGAGGAGGACGGUGGCCGGUUGAUCUCCAUGGGGGCGUUUCAUCACCACCACCGCCACCAGAUUAAGGCGCCGAAGCCGACUUGGAUCAUUCUCAAGGUUACUCCGCCGCCGAGGGACGGGGCCAAGAAGCUGGCUGUGGCGCCGGCGCCCGCGUACUCGCCGCUCCUGCUGUCGCCGCCCGUGUGGCAGAGGGCGCAGGACGCGAAGAAUAGCAACGCGGACGGCGGCGACCCCCUCCCGGCGUCGCCGAGGAUCGGCUGCAUGGGGCAGGUCAAGGGGAGGCCGAGGAGAUGCUCGGGCGCGCGGGGCGGCGGCCGGCUGGCCGCGCUAGGUGAUUCGGCCCACGGCGGCGGCAAGAGGCUGGUGGAGCAGCUCACACUGGGGCUGUUUAGGCGGUGGAGGGGGAGGGGGAGGACGUCGUCGCGGGCGUGCUCCAAGGUCAGGGACGCGCGGAGCUGCUCGUCGGCGAUGUGCACGUUGGACCCGCCGCUGCCGGUGGUGAAGCGGCCGGCGGUGAACGAGAACGACAACUCGCCGACCCUUUGGGAGAGGCGGCGCGGCGGCGGCGCGAAGCCCCUGCGGACUCUCCGGUUAACGUAGAUCGCUGGCUCGACGCAGAGUUGCGCUUCGCAGGGGCUGACCGCCGGUGAGUCGGUGACAGAGCAGGCCGACGACAAACAAACGACUUGGGCCGAAGACUACUCCAUAAUAACAUGUAUGUUUACUCAAUUUUCGUAAUUUGUAUAGUUGCAUGUUGAUUACAGUCACUUUUGAACUCUACUUUCUAUUGUUCUCUACGAUUUGUAAAGUAUUGGGAAAAGCUAGAGGACGGAGGUCCCAUUCGUUCUCCCCGAUAAAUAAUCUAGAUUUUCCUCGUUUUUCGUGUGUAUGUAUAUCGAACUGUUAAAUUGUAUAUUUCUUGCGAAA